CGCCGCUCGACCGCCGCCUAGCACCGAGACAGGCUUCGGACGCGAGCCUUUCCCCUCUUCCUUCUUCUGGCGAUUAGGGUUGUCCCCAGCGCCGCCGACCAGCUGCUGGCACCGGCGCGGUACCUCGUUCCCGCCGGCCGCUUCCACCCCCCAUACACCUCCGUCGCCAGAGCCUGCCCGCUCCGCCGCCACCCCUCAUCCUGAGGACUUCCUGCUAGCCGCCGCCGGCAAGAAAGCCCGAGGACCACCACCUUUUCGCGACGAGGCCACUGUCUCCGCAUCGUCCACUGUUUCGUUACUGCUACCGCCUGUCUGUCAUCUGCGUCAGCGGCUGCAGAUCCGCCCCGGCAUCAUGUCUUCAGAGGAGCUCACAACAAGCUUGUCAGAUUUGGCGGUGGCUUCGCAGGCCCCGACGGCCAGCCAAAUCGGUUCUUCAGGUGAUCUGUCCUCUGAAGGUGGGGUGCAGGUCACUUGUUUCAGUGAGGACCUGCACGACGUCACGCUCCAUUUCCAGAUCAUAAGGUUCCCUAAACAGAUCUAUGCAUGGAUAGGAUGCAACAACUCGGCAAAGUUUGGCCAUUUAUAUGCUGCUGCAACCACUAGGCUGGGUGAUGGAGUGAGUGUCACAUCUGUACUUGGAGGAACAUCUGAUAACACUGGAUCAAGCAUGGCCCGCCGCUUAGUGCUGAAGACAGGCCUAAAUAUAAUUUUAGCAUGUAACAUUCCGAAAGACAGCCCCAUGCUCGAGGCUGCUGCAGAGAGGAAACUUGUGGAGAAGCUGAGAAGUUUAGGCUAUAUCAGAUCUAAGACAGGAGAGGCUAACGCUUCCACAGCUCCUUGAUCCACAAAACGCUGAUGGAUACUUGUGAACUGUCAAGUCAAUCGUAGAAAAAGUCACUACUCUUAAUGUGUUUGAAACAUUUUGAAUGGUUAUGAAAGCUCAGCAGGGGCUUACUGAGUGUAGGCAUGAUGAUCUGAAUUUUUUGUGUGCGACUGUGAACUGCUCCAUGUUCAAUGAAUUAUCAAACAUGUGGCAAGUAUCACAUCUGCAUCUUCAGAGGUUGUGCGCCAUGUACUAUUUCAGUGUCUCACGUGUGGAACCCUACAUUGAGGUGUUUGUUGCUCACAGAAAUGAACUUUGCUGGUCUUAUUUGA